AGAAGCCCACACGGCACCGAGCGCGAGCCGAGCAGCUGAACAUGUCUUCAGUGCCUGAUGGGAAGAAGCUGGUCCGAAGCCCCAGCGGGCUCCGAAUGGUGCCCGAAAACGGUGCAUUCAACAGUCCUUUCUCCCUGGACGAGCCGCAGUGGGUUCCGGAUAAAGAGUGUCCAAGAUGUAUGCAGUGUGACACAAAGUUUGAUUUCAUCCGGAGGAAGCACCACUGCCGGCGCUGCGGCCGCUGUUUCUGCGACAAGUGCUGCAGUAAGAAGGUGGCGCUGCCGCGCAUGUGUUUCGUGGAUCCGGUGCGACAGUGCGCAGAGUGCAGCCUGGUCUCACAGAAGGAGACAGAGUUUUACGACAAGCAGCUCAAAGUUUUACUGGGAGGCAGCACUUUUGUUGUGACUCUGGGAACGUCCGAGAAGUCUGAAACAAUGACGUGUCGCCUCUCCAACAACCACAGGUACAUGUUCCUGGAUGGCGACAGUCACUUCGAGGUGGAGAUGUCUCGCAUCUCCAGCAUGCAGAUCCUCGCCGAUGGGACAAGCCCGGGAGAUAGUGACAUUCACACUUACACCAGUCUACUGGACAGUCACUAUAUUUCUGAAGGCGGGACUUCCCGGGCCAGUGGGAUGUUGCUUCACUAUAAGCCCAUGGGAUCUUUGGAAGCUCAGCAGCUCCGCCUAGAGGCCGCUGACGACAAGAAAGCCGCUGCGCUGUGGUUGGCUGCCAUGCACAAGGCUGCCAAACUCCUGUACGAAGCUCGGGACCAGUAACUUUCCGGCGCCUUGAAGUCAUAAUUCCAGCCUGCACCCACCCAAGUGUUUUUAAGCCCCUCCCACUGGGCGGGUUGCUAUCUUUCAUUGUUAGAUCCUCCGAUUCUAUUCCAGAUUUUUUACCGGUUUAAUCCAUGUCUUCUUUUUUUUUUCCUUCGGGCAGCGACGCCAGCAAAAACCUAUAACAGGAUGUGUUUUUGAAAGCGCUUCUGGGAAGAUGUGUCAGUUCUUCAUUGUCAUCAUUCGGAGGCUGACUCGAGUUGAAGUCAGACAAACGGCACAAUGUUUUCAGCAAACAGCUACACAAUGAAUUUACUUUGAGUUGUGAUGUUUGAAGGGGUCGAUGCCGUGUACGAGGAAGUGUAGGCCUCUAAAUUUAGGUGAUAUUUUGGACAGUUUUAUUGCGAUCAAAAGUUAAUAUAAUGAUCCUGCUGAACUUUAUAGUGGAGGGAGUUGCAACUGAUGACGUAGUGUUGACAAUAACAUGCAAUAACGGUCAGUGCUUUAAAUGUAAUUCCUUAUUUUAUUCUGCAAACUGUUGCGCUUUCUUCCGUCAGUAGCUGUGCAGUUUACAUUGUUCUUCUCAGUAUUUGUUUUGUACAUAUGUCGCGAUCCUUUGCUGCUUUUAAUUUGAAGAGACAAGGUUUGACUGAUCUUGAAUUCGGUUUUAAAGAGAGUUGCUGUGUUUUUGUACUUCCUGUGACUCUCAUAGUACGUGUUUUGUUUCAAAGAGUCAGUUUGCUGUGUGUGUGACCUGUUAAACCAAACCAGACUUCAAUGAUGUCACUUAUCUCUGUGUGUCUUCCUAAUUUCCUCGAUAACAUGAAGCCGAACGAAGAGCCUGAAGCCGAUUUAGUUUUUGAAGUACUAUCUCUCGGGACGACGAACACAUCAGCCACCUCAACUUUGUAACAUAAAGUUUAUUUUUUUACGCUGCUCACCGAAGAAUUUAAAUCACAAGUUAAUGGAUUUUUUUUUUUAUGUGACGCGAAGCUUGUGCAGUAUGGUGUUUCACCAAGUUGUGUUUUCGGUUGCUCUCACACAGACAGCUACACACUUCUAAUCGAAAAUGUAUUACUGUGUAUUUUUCACGAAGUUGCUCUGUCACAGCUCUUAAUUCUACACACAAAUGUCAUUAACAAAUGUUUCUAAAUCAUGUCAGAACAUUAACAACACACCUGUUGUCGUGAUCUGACGGCAAAAAGCUAAUUUGAUAGUUUCUCUCUGGCCACAUGUGACAUGUGUAUGUGUGUGUUGUUGUUGCACUUUAAGGCUGCUGUGAUCUGAAACCUUUGUAUCCCGCUGCUUCAUUUAUCGGGCCUACAAUUCUCACUUUUAUAUCGGGAUAUUUUAUUGAAAAUAAAGCAAGUCUUUGUA